CCUCGCCGCCGCCGCCGCCGCCCUCCGCAGCCGCGCGCCCCGCCCGCUCCAGCCGCCCCCGGGGCCGCCGGCGGCCCAUGAGCCCCGGCCUCAAAGUUUGCGGCGGGCGGGCGGGCACGGAGCCGCCAAGAUGCCGUUCCACCCGGUGACGGCGGCGUUGAUGUACCGGGGCAUCUACACCGUGCCCAACCUGCUGUCGGAGCAGCGCCCGGUGGACAUCCCCGAGGACGAGCUGGAGGAGAUCCGAGAGGCCUUCAAGGUGUUUGACAGAGACGGCAAUGGCUUCAUCUCCAAGCAGGAGCUGGGCACGGCCAUGCGUUCCCUGGGCUACAUGCCCAACGAGGUGGAGCUGGAGGUGAUCAUCCAGCGGCUGGACAUGGACGGCGACGGCCAAGUGGACUUUGAAGAGUUUGUGACCCUCCUGGGACCCAAGCUGUCCACCUCAGGGAUCCCAGAGAAGUUCCACGGCACUGACUUUGAUACCGUCUUCUGGAAGUGCGACAUGCAGAAGCUGACAGUGGACGAGCUGAAGCGGCUGCUGUACGACACCUUCUGUGAGCACCUGUCCAUGAAGGACAUCGAGAACAUCAUCAUGACAGAGGAGGAGAGCCACCUGGGCACGGCCGAGGAGUGCCCCGUGGACGUGGAGACCUGCUCCAACCAGCAGAUCCGCCAGACGUGCGUGCGCAAGAGCUUGAUCUGCGCCUUCGCCAUCGCCUUCAUCAUCAGCGUCAUGCUCAUCGCGGCCAACCAGGUGCUGCGCAGCGGCAUGAAGUAGGCGUCUCCUGGGCGCCCCUCCUGGCACAUGCGGUUCCCCGGGCCCGCUCCGUGCCCACCUCCACCCGCAGCCCCCUCUGCAGCCGGCCUCCUGGGCCACCCUCUGUGUGUCCUUCGGGGCCCAGAUGUCUGGGGCCCCCACCCCACUGGCCCCAUGGGCCUUGCACGGAGCCAUGGCCUGGCCGUGGAAGGCCUUGUGGGGGUCUGGGGACGGCCCCUAGUGCCCCCACACCCUGCCCGUGUUCCACCCUGGCCUGUAUGUAGCGCUAACCCCUCCUGCUCUCCAGGGGCUCCUGGGAAACAGAGGGCCUUGUCCCCACCGGCGUCCUCUAGGCGAGAGGGGGUACCCUGUGCUCAGAGAGGGCAGCUGCCUGCCCAGGACUGCACAGCCAACCCCAGCCCAGGCCCUGAGGCUUGCCCGAGGCUGAGGGCAGGGCGGAGGAAGUGGGGGCAACGCCCCCUCUCCUGGAGGGCAUGAGGCCAGGGUCUUUGGCCCUGAUCCCUGCCGUGGCCUGAGGGGGCCCCUGGUCUCCUCCCAGGUCCCUUCCUUAGACCCACGUGCAGCCAUCCUCCUCCUCCACAUGCCUGCUCGGGCCACACCCAGCCCAUUUCCCAGGUGAGGAGACUGAGGCUCAGGAAGCCUGGAAUCGGGCCUCAGUUCCCGCUUCCGCAGUGGGUCAGGAAGGGCACACGGACACCUGAGGGGGCCCUCCACCAGAGGCCCAGCCGUGCAGGGCCACCUCACCGCCGGCACAGGAUCUAGAGCCGUGGUCCAGCUGAGGGAGGCGGGGCUGGGCCUGACAGCCCUGCGGCCCCCCUGCUGCCCCGGGCUGUUGGGGUGGAAGCUCGGGGGCCCCUGGGUGGAGAAACUGGCACAGCCCAGCACUGGCAGUGCCACGCAGCCCAGCCAGGCCCUCGCCCAAGCCCAGGGCCUACCCUCCAGGUCCCCCCACGGCUUUGCACCUCAAGACCGGAGACCCAGCUCCCAGCCUGUUCCACCUGCCUGGCACAGGCAGACGUGGGGGCUGCGUGGGUGGCAGGUGGUCCUUGGGCUCCUCCCCCGGGGCUGGGGCCACGUCUCUCCCGGGCGACGGGCACAGCCACACUGGGGCACCCUGUGCCCAGCCAGGCUGAGCCUCUGCUGCCCCUGAGAGAGGGGCGGGAUUUGCACCCCCUGGCCCCUGGACAGGCUCCCGUCUGUUCCAGCCCCGCUGUCCUCAGCCGGGGGCUGGAGAGUGGGGCUCGCACGGCCAGACCACACGGGA